AUGUCGAAAAGAAAGAAUUUACACAAUAAAGAGGUAUUUCAACGCAUUAAUUACCUUCAUCAAGCAUCAAAAAUCAUAGCCAGCAAAAAUAAAACAUUAUCAUGCUAUUACGGAAGCUUAUUGAAGGAUUUAAGAAAUAAGGCGGUCAUUAAAAUAGAUCCAUCAAUUAAGAGAGAUUUAUGCAAACGAUGUUCUAUAUCAUUUAAUCAAGAGACGUGCAAAUUAGUUUCUUAUAGUGAUUCAUUAGUGGAAAUAGAAUGUGGCAAUUGUGGAUACCGAAAAAAGUAUCCCGUCAAUGAUACACACAAGUUGUGGAUAGAAAAUGAGCAAUCAGUAAUUGAAACACUCGAAUUUAAUGAUGUUUAA